AUGCAGCAGGCUUCUCACUCAUCAGAAGGACCUUUGUGUGUAAUGGAUCCACAGAGAUACCCAAUCAGCACGCGUUUGGCCGGCGUUAUACACAAGGAAAAAGAAAAGUUCUACUUGGUCUCUGUGCUCUGGUCAGAUCAGAAUGAUAUAAUGGUUUAUAGAAGCUUCAGAGACUUUCAGAAGUUACAUAAACAAAUGAAGAAGGCUUUUCCAACUGAAAGCAAACGGAAUCAUUCUGAAAGAGUUAUUCCCAAAUUCCGUUACAGAAAGUUGAAGCGCAGAGAGCAGAGGAAGACUACAACUAAGUAUCUCCAGCGAUUCAAGUUUCUACAGAAAUACUGCAAUGAACUGCUGAGUUGUGAGCCCAGAGUUUGUCAGUGUACAGACCUGGUGCAGUUCUUUCAGCCAAACAAGCAAGAUCUCCAACCAGAGUUCUUCAAAAACAGCAUCAUGGUCAUGCCUCUAGACGAAGACAUCAAAGCAAACGAAGGCGGUGGAGAUGUAACGAAACCCUUUGUGACGGAGACAUACCGCUGUGUGGCAGCCUACGAGAUCAAGGACACCAAAAACAAACCCUUUAAAGUGGCUGCGGAGGAGAACGUAGAUGUACUCAUUAAAGACAAGGCCGGGUGGUGGCUGGUAGAGAAUGAUGAAAAGAGAAUGGCUUGGUUUCCUGCUCCGUAUCUGGAGAAGCCUGAUGACAGUGGAGAUGAAAUGGAUGGACCUAUAGAUCAAGAAAAGCUUUAUACAGCCAUAAAGAGCUACACAGCUACUAAAGAUGAUGAGAUCUCAGUGAUCAUCGGUGCUGUUGUAGAAGUCAUACAGAAACCAGAAACUGGGUGGUGGCUCGUAAGAUACAAAGAGAAGGCUGGGUAUAUCCCCUCAAUUUACCUACGACCUCAAAACUACCCACGCAUGAGCCUGACGCCUCAUCUUACAGUGCACCAAAACUCAACUAAUCUGGAAAUUCCCACUCUGGAGAAGUACUCUCAAAUCAGCCGUUCGCAGGGAAACCUCCUGGAAAUGCCAUCAUCCCAACCAGUUUCCCCACAUUUAUUACAGCCAGAGAGCAAGCACAGGUCCCACUCCCUGAGCAUCCUAACAGAGCACGCAGCACCAGAGAGCGCUGCGCAUCGACACGCUCCACCAACGAUUACCGUGGAAUUAGAUGACAAUGAAGAGGAAGGUGUGGACAAUUACAGCCGGGGAAGCUUCGACAGUCAGAGUGACUUUAGCUUCAGCGAUGACAUGAGUUGUUCGUCUGGGAACUCGUCUCCCAACCUCGGCGCCAUGGAGGACGGGCCGCGCUUUCAACCUCCGACACCUGGAAACCACCUCCUGAGUCGGUCCACUGGUGCCAAGAUGAUGCUAAGUGUUUCAGACCCAAAUCUCUACAAGGGCCCUGCUUCACCGAAAGUACCACCCAGGCCACGGCCACAGCAGAUUCUGGCCCGCUGUACGACCAUCACCAGAAAGAACGCCGCCAAAGGGAACCACGCGCAAAUGGAUCAGUCAGGGAAAGAAUCAAACCAAUGA